UUUAUCCUUUUUUUUUUUGAGAAUAAAGACCAGUUUCUCCAUGAUGAAGUUUCUUCUUCAGUGUCACAACUUGCAACAAAGGUUCAGGGGGCAAGUUUCCGGGGUUGGAAGGAAGUGACGUCUAUGUUCAAUAAAGAUGACGAACAGCAGUUGCUCGCGGGAUGCAAAUCUCCAAAAUCCAAAGGAACAAACCUAAAAUUAAAGGAAGAGAUGAAGUCAGAAAAGAAGCCAGGUUUUUGGGACAGUUUGGUGAUAAAACAGAAUGCCCAAUCUAGGAAACCAGAUGAGAUUGAGGGCUGGGAACCACCGCAGAUUGCUGCUGCUGACUCCACCAGUGAUGCAGCAGGCACUUUAAGUGACUAUACAGCCUGGUCAGGCUGGGAAGAGGAAACCAAAGGCUCCACCAAAUACACGAACCUGGCGAGCUCAGGAAACAGCUCCAGGUGGAGUAUCAAGUCAGCUGGGAAGCUGGUUAGUAUUAGACGGCAGAGCAAAGGUAACUUAACUGACAACUGGGAAGAACUAGAAUGAUACUGCUAACGUGGAGUACUUUAUAGGUAAGAAAAAGGCUCCUUGAUAUUUACUUGUGUGUUUAAACCAAAAUCAAAUCUGCUCAAUAUUGCACCUUUAUACAGUACUUCGUUUUAUUCAGAUUGUUGCAAAUUUUUGCUCACCUGAUAGUGAAUUUUCUUAUUACAUUGUUAAAUAUCUGUUUUCCACACUGAAAAAAGAAAAAGUAGAGAAUCUAUUUUGUGCCUAUAUUUCACAGACUCUGCAGUACGUUGGAUUGUUGGUUUUACCAAAAAAAAUGUAAUUCCUUAGUGAAUGUAUACACUGGUUGUGAAUUUGACUGCCUUAUGUAGGAACUUCCACUAGCUUGAG